AUGACUGUCUCACUUCUCUGUUCCUCAACAACCACGUGUUGUAACAGUAUGUCACUUUGCUAUACUUUAACGGAUGCUAAUUUCUAUGUUGUCGCCAAUCAUGGGUUAUUCAGAGGUGAAACCAAUUUCGUCAAAAUGAAAACUUUUUCCAAUGGGUCUUUGUUAAAUUGGAAGAAGAAUGGAAGAAGACAUGUGGGUCAUCGUGCAUUUAGAACUAGAUGUACUCAUGACAAUGAUUUAGUUGUGGUAAAUGGGAAGAAGAACAAAACUAAAGUGUCUUCUGAAGAGGUUAUGAAAGUUUUGAAGUCUAUUUCUGAUCCAAAUUCUGUUUUUUCAUACUUUAAGUUAGUUUCUCAGUUGCCUAAUUUUGUGCAUACCACUGAUGCUUGCAAUUAUAUGCUUGAGUUUUUGAGAGAACAAGGGAGGAUUGAGGAUAUGAUUUUUGUAUUUAAUAUGAUGCAAAAGCAAGUUAUUUACAGGAGUUUGGAUACUUACUUGACUAUUUUCAAGGCUCUUUCGGUUAAAGGUGGGAUUGGAAGAACGACUUUUGCGCUUCAGAAGAUGAUGCAAGCUGGGUUUAUCUUGAAUGCGUAUUCGUAUAAUGGUUUGAUUUAUUUAAUGUUGCCUGGUUUUUGUAAAGAGGCUUUGAAGGUUUACAAGAGAAUGAUCUCAGAAGGGAUGAAACCUAGCAUGAAGACGUAUUCGGCUUUGAUGGUUGCGUUGGGGAGGAGAAGGGACACGGGAAACAUUAUGAAUUUGUUGGAAGAAAUGAAAAGUAUAGGUUUGAGGCCGAAUAUAUACACGUAUACGAUAUGUAUUAGAGCUCUUGGGAAGGCUGGGAGAAUCGAUGAUGCAUGGGGGAUUUUUAAGGAAAUGGAAGAUGAAGGAUGCGGGCCUGAUGUUGUCACGUAUACGGUUCUUAUUGAUGCUCUUUGUUCCGCAGGGAAACUUGACAAGGCUGAGGAGUUAUAUAUGAAGAUGAGGGCGAGCAAUCACAGUCCGGAUCGGGUAACAUACAUUACAUUGAUGGACAAGUUUGGUAACGUUGGCGACUUGGAAAAAGUGAAAAGAUUCUGGAAUGAGAUGGAGGCUGAUGAUUAUGCCCCUGAUGUGGUCACCUACACUAUACUUAUUGAGGCUUUAUGCAAAUCCGGGGAUGUUGAACGGGCAUUUUCGAUGUUAGAUGUGAUGAAAACGAAAGGAAUUUUACCAAAUCUUCAUACAUACAACACAUUGAUAUGUGGUCUUUUGAAGGCAAGAAGAUUAGAUGACGCCUUAGAACUUUUUGAAAAUAUGGAAUCUUUGGGUGCUAAACCAACUGCUUUUUCGUAUGUUCUUUUCAUUGAUUAUUAUGGAAAAUCAGGAGAUCCUGGAAAAGCUCUCGAUACAUUUGCAAAGAUGAAAGAGAGAGGCAUUAUGCCAAGUAUAGCAGCGUGCAAUGCAUCCUUAUAUACUCUUGCAGAGACGGGUCGGAUCAAAGAGGCAGAAGAUAUAUUCAACGAACUUCACAACUGCGGGCUUUCGCCGGAUUCAGCAACCUAUAAUAUGAUGAUGAAGUGCUAUAGCAAAGCAGGGAAAGUAGACAAUGCCACAAAUCUUUUGUUUGAGAUGAUAAGCAAAGGUUGUGAACCAGAUGUAAUGAUAAUUAAUUCUUUAAUCGACACACUUUACAAGGCUGGCCGUGUUAAUGAGGCGUGGAAGAUGUUCGGGAGGCUGAAGAGUUCGAGGCUAGCUCCUACAGUUGUGACGUACAACAUUUUACUUACCGGUCUCGGUAGAGAGGGAAAUAUCGUAAAUGCCCUUGAAUUAUUCAGUAGUAUGACCGAGUCUGGAUGCCCUCCAAACACGAUAACUUUUAACUCACUCCUUGAUUGUCUUUCCAAGAAUGAAGCAGUUGAUUUGGCAUUGAAGAUGUUCUGUAGAAUGACAACAAUGAACUGUAAACCUGAUGUUUUUACAUACAAUUCUAUCAUCUAUGGUUUGAUCAGAGAAGGCAGAACCAAUUACGCGUUUUGGUUUUUCCAUCAAAUGAAGAAAUUUCUUUCCCCUGAUUAUGUAACUUUAUGCACCCUCCUUCCCGGUGUUGUGCGCUAUGGAAGGGUUGAUGAUGCAACCAAGGUUGUAAUGGAAUUUGUACAUCAGGAAGGUUUACAGACAAAUUCACAAUUCUGGGAAGAACUAAUGGAAUGCAUUUUAGCCGAAGCGGAAAUAGAGGAUGCCAUUUCAUUUGCUGAAAUAUUGGUUUGCGAUUCUGUUUGCCAAGAUGAUCAUGUAAUGUUACCUCUAAUUAAAAUUCUGUGUAAGCGGAAGAAGGCCCUCGAUGCUCAAAAUGUAUUCGACAAAUUCACCAAAAAGUUGGGAAUUCACCCAACCCUAGAAUCGUAUAAUUGCUUGAUGGAUGGGCUUCUUGCCUCUAAUUUCACUGAAAAAGCUCUAGAACUUUUCGAAGAGAUGAAGAACGCAGGUUGUCACCCGAAUAAUUUCACUUACAACUUGUUGCUUGAUAUUCACGGUAAAUCUCAGAGGAUCAAUGAACUCUAUCAUCUGUACAAUGAGAUGCGUUGUAAGGGAUGUGAGCCUAAUGUGAUAACUCAUAAUAUUAUCAUCUCCGCGCUUGUGAAAUCUAACUACUUGAAUGCGGCUUUGGAUUUGUAUUAUGAACUCAUGAGUGGUAAUUUCUCUCCAACUCCUAGUACAUAUGGUCCUCUUAUAGAUGGUCUUUUAAAAGCUGGAAGAUCCGAACAAGCAAUGAAGAUUUUCGAGGAGAUGUUAGAUUAUCAAUGCAAGCCCAACAGUGUUAUCUACAAUAUUCUUAUCAACGGAUUUGGGAAAUCGGGGGAAAUCGAUAUUGCUUGUGACUUGUUCAAAAAGAUGGUUAAAGAAGGAAUAAGGCCAGACUUGAAAUCUUAUACCAUUCUUGUAGAAAGUUUGUGCAUAAGUGGUAGGGUUGAUGAAGCUUUUCAGUACUUUGAGGAACUAAAGUUGACUGGCCUUGAUCCUGAUACAGUUUCGUACAACUUUAUUAUCAACGGGCUCGCAAAAUCGCAUAGAUUUGAAGAAGCUCUUUCUCUUUUAGAUGAAAUGAAGAAUAGAGGAGUUUCUCCCGAUCUUUACACUUACAAUGCAUUGAUUUUACAUCUUGGAAUUGCUGGAAAGGUAGACCUAGCUGUAAAGAUGUAUGAAGAACUUCAACUUGUGGGUCUAGAACCGAGUGUUUUCACGUAUAAUGCUCUCAUCCGCGGUCAUAGUUUGUCGGGAAAUAAAGACCAAGCCUUCUCUGUCUUCAAGAAGAUGUUGGUUGUCGGGUGUAGCCCUAACACGGGAACAUUUGCUCAACUGCCUAAUGAGUGUUGA